CGAUUUCGGUGAGUACCGAGUGGCACGGUAGUUAGAAAUUUUCAAAUCGCUAAUGUGUUGUACGAAUGAAAUACGCAGGCGUGCUGAAGUCCAUGGAGAAAAAAAGGACACAGCUCGUCAAAGUGGCCCUGCAGCGAAGGGGUGAUCAGCCACGGGGACUGGAGAUGACAAAAAGAAAGUAUGAAGCCGGGUGGGACUGCGAGUGCGAGGCCUCAAGAAAGGUCCUCUUGUUAGAGGCCCAGGUUCAAGACCUGACCGAAAAACUUCAAGCGGCCAAUGACAACCUUGACUCCUUUGCCAUGCUCAAACGAGCAAAAAAGCUAGUGAGAAAGUUGGAGAACCUGACGGAGGCGCCCAAGGUCACGCAAGUGGUGCAGGCCGAGCAAGUGGACAUCGGAGGAUGUGUGCUUGUGGAAAAAACUGUGCUCAGCCGCCUCCAUGCACACUGCAAUGGCCUGCCCACAAAAUUUGCCCGCAAUUUGUUGCGGCCCGUCUUUGGGGACGAGGAGUUGCGGGGCAAGUCCCUGUACGGGAAAGGUUCGAACUCCAACAAAGAUGGCCCGUUGAAAGAGGCCCUUGACCCUUUGAGGCUGAACGCAGUCAUAGGGUACACGUGCAGUCAUUUCAGCACCACGACCCUCCACCUCAAAAACAGCCUCUCUUCAAUGAUAAGUAGGGAGAUUAAAUGAAAGGGAAAUAUUACAUCUGUAACCAGGCAGAUGUAAUAUCUUCCUUUCAUUUAACCUCCCUCUGCUUUGUAUAAAGUGUUAAUAAAUGUUAUUGUCAACUUUC